AAUGCAAGAACAUCUGUCAUUUUUCCCUUGUGAAUUGCGUAAGCAAAUCGAUUUUGUUUGAGCAGUAAUAUUUUGUAAUUUUUAUAUCACGAUGCAGUUAGUUGCAUACAUAGAUUUACAGAGGAAAGUCAUAAUUUUUAUUCUUGUUAGAAAAUGGUGAAUUUGCAAGCAAAAGAAGAAUUUCUGAAAAUUACAAAAUUUAUCUACUUUUCAAUCCGUUUAGUUACAUUUGAUUGUGGAUUUUUUUCGAAAAAUGCAGGAAAAUUCUUAUCUUUGUUUUACAUUUUUAUCAAUAUCUAUUUGACUUUCAACAAAACAUCUUCAGUUGAACAGGAAAAUAUUUUGGAACUUUGCCUUGGAUUUUCUACAAUAGUUGGUUUUGGAAGUAUUUCUACUAAAGUGUUUACUGUUUGUUACUAUGAAGAUGAAAUUGUGAAACUUUUCACGUGGAUUGAGAAUUUCUAUUUCGACAACUCAGAACCGAUUUUGGUAAAAUUGAGAUCUAAAUCUUUGGACAAAAUACUGUGGAUCUUAAAACUUUUCUUAAAAUUUUACAUCAGUUUUAUUGUUUUUAUGGUUACCUACGUAAAUUUCUAUUACUUAAUAAACGACAUUCAAGUAAUAAGUAUUCCAUGGGGAGUACCUAAAACUAUCACCGUAUAUUUGCAACUAGUAAUAUAUUUUUCUAUUACUGUCAUAUACGGCAUCCCAAUAAUGUGUUUCGGCUGCAUGGGAAUAAUUUUCAUUGAAAUUCACAAUUUUUUUAACGAAUCCAUUGCACUACUCGAAAAUUCGGAAGAAGAAUCUCUCGACAAUGGAUUCAUUCUUAUUCUUCACAAAUUGCAUUGCGAAAUCUACGGAAAGUUUUGCAUCUACGAAAGCAUCUUUGCUUAUUCGGUUUUCUUCGACCUCUUCUUCAAUACUGCAUCAAUGAUUGGAAUGAUGCUAUUGGCUAGGCUCUAUCCUGACAUAAGUAUUUUCUAUAUGAUCUUACUGGCUUUAGUAUCUCAACUGCUUAUCUACUGUAUUUUCGGACAAUUUAUUUUUACUGAAACCGAGAAGACUUCUGAAAGCUUGUACUUGACUAAAUGGUACGAUUUGAACAGAGAAGAUAAACGCGCCAUCCUUCUUAUGAUGAUGAUGUCCUCGAGACCAUUUGGAUUAAAAGCUGCGGGAAUGUACAACAUAAAUAUUAUUCUUUUUGUACAGAUUAUGAAAUUAGGCUUCUCAUACUGCGCCAUUCUAUAUGCAUUCUUGUAGGUAAUUUAAAACGUUCUGUUUUUGAAAAAUUCUCUUAUAAACAUUAAAAACACUAAAAAAUGUAAAUGCAUAAAUUUUUCAAAAUAAAAUUUGUUUUUCUUGACCAAUACUUUCAUUUUGUUGUAUAGGGGAACGUGGCCCGAUUCGGACCUCUUAAGGCCUUUUAGCUGUGAUUCUUUUUCAA